UCCUUUACGUAGCCUCAUCUUAGUAACCUCCUAAGCCAUGAAAUAGUUGCAAAGCCCUUUCUUCUUCUUCGUUUCUAAUUGCUUUUUGACGACAAUCGAUCGUAGAGAAGUCUACCUCGUAGGCAUCUCUCUUAAAUCAAAUUCAAUUCCUAUUUUUUUGUUAUUUGAUGUCGAAUAUGCAGUUUUCUCGUCGUCCUAAUCCCUUCGUUCUCCUCUUCUUCAUCGUCCUUGCCGCACCAGCUAUAUCAGCUGAUGUCGCUAUCUUGAGAACGGACUAUUACCAAAAAACAUGUCCCGAUUUCCACAAGAUCGUGCGUGAAGCCGUUACAGCCAAACAACUUCAACAACCAACAACUGCGGCCGGGACACUCCGUCUCUUUUUCCACGAUUGUUUCCUUGAAGGUUGUGAUGCAUCCGUCUUGAUAGCGACCAACUCGUUUAACAAAGCGGAACGUGAUGAUGAUCUCAACGAUUCCCUCCCUGGAGAUGCUUUUGACAUCGUCACUCGCAUCAAGACAGCUCUCGAGCUGUCUUGUCCUGGUGUUGUGUCUUGCGCAGAUAUCCUAGCACAGGCCACACGUGACCUUGUCACGAUGGUGGGAGGACCUUUCUUUGACGUAAAGCUUGGUCGUAAAGAUGGAUUCGAAUCCAAAGCCCAUAAAGUCCGAGGAAACGUCCCCAUGGCAAACCAGACGGUUCGUGACAUCCACGGGAUGUUCAAGAAAAACGGAUUUAGUAUUCGCGAGAUGGUAGCGUUAAGCGGCGCUCACACCAUCGGAUUCUCUCACUGCAAAGAGUUCUCCGACAGGCUCUACGGAUCACGAGCUGAUAAAGAAAUCAACCCGCGAUUUGCAGCCGCUCUCAAAGAUCUCUGCAAAAACCACACCGUGGAUGACACAAUCGCGGCGUUUAACGACGUGAUGACUCCGGGAAAAUUCGACAACAUGUACUUCAAGAACCUAAAGCGAGGGCUAGGGCUUUUAGCUUCCGACCACAUCCUUAUUAAAGACAAUAGCACGAAGCCAUUCGUGGACCUAUAUGCAACUAACGAGAAAGUAUUCUUUGAGGAUUUCGCACGUGCGAUGGAGAAACUAGGCACGGUCGGCGUCAAGGGCGAUGGACAAGGAGAAGUGAGACGUCGGUGCGACCACUUCAAUAAUCUCAACGUAUAAGAAGAAAAAUAAACACAUAACAAUAUUCUAAUACUAUUUUUGUUUUUUAAAAUAUUUGCGUGGAAGGAGAAAUUAAUUGAGGAGAAUAAACGAUUUGGUUGGUGGUAUAUAUAUGUUUAUAACUAUGUAUUAUAAGCAAGAUCGUGUAAUAAUUCAAGAUGGGAUGUUUCCAUGAAAUAUAGAUAAAAGAUAUUAUAUA